UGCCAGCACUAAUCAAUGUUUUCGCAGUGGUUUUUCGUUUAUAAAUUGUAUUUCUAAUUAUGGCGGACCAGCUAAACACUGAGCCCACCCCGCUGAUGUCCAUACGGUUCGACCAGCAGCAGUCCGAAAAUGCGGCGGCGGCGGCGGCCAAUGGGAAUGGGAAUGGAAGCACCCCCAGCGAGGCCGCCGAAGACAGCAGUGGGGAUGCUGAGAAAUCCGCCGCUGAACUGGUGCUCCCCAAGGCCCUGGAGGACGUACUGGCACUUAAAGAUCAACGCGCAGCCGAGUUCAUAAUUGACGGUGAUUCGCAGGGCGGCAGCGGCGGAGGCGCCACGCAGGAUGGCGAGGAUGCCGAUGUGGGUGAAGACAGCGAUGAUGAUGCGGAGAACCACGUGAAUGGCGGUGGUCGGGAAAAGUCUGGAAAGCAAAGCAAGGCGGAAAAGAACAAAAAGAAGAAGAAGCGCAAGAAGCAGAACAAGAAGGUGCGACAACAGCUGGAGUACGAGCGACAGCAGCAGUUGGCCCAACAAGCGGAUGAGCAAGAGGCAGCGGAUCAGCAGCGAAGAGCCAAGGCCGCAGGCAGCGAAGAUGAACAACCGGCGGAGAAGGGGAAGGACAAGCACAAAGACAGUCGCAGCAAGAAAAAGAAGGAACGCCACGACGAGAAGGAAAAGGACAAAAAGGCGGCGGAGGCUGGCGACGAUGAUGUGACCAUAGAAUAUGUGCCUGAAAAGAUCACCAUUGCCGAUCUGGCACCCAUGUACCGGCAAUUCUACCGCGUGUUUGAAAUUAAGCUGGAGAACAAACCAAAGCCUGCGGAAAAAGAUAAAUCUUCCCUGGACUCGGAUGCACAGGCAAAGGACAAAAAAGCCGCUGACAAACUCAACGACGACGAGGAUGAUGACGGCGACGACGACGAUGAACACAAGGAUGACAAGGAGAAGCUGUCAAAGAGAAAACUUAAGAAACUAACUCGUCUGAGUGUGGCGGAGUUAAAGCAGUUGGUCUCGCGACCCGAUGUCGUUGAAAUGCAUGAUGUAACGGCACGGGAUCCCAAGUCUGUCCAACUGAAGGCCUAUAGGAAUACAGUGCAAGUGCCCCGGCAUUGGUGCUUCAAGCGCAAAUAUCUGCAGGGCAAGAGAGGCAUCGAGAAACCACCCUUCGAUUUACCGGCUUUCAUCAAGAAGACUGGGAUCAUGGAGAUGCGUGAGUCAUUGCAAGAACGCGAAGAUGCCAAGACCCUCAAGGCCAAGACGGAACGUGUCCGUCCAAAGAUGGGCAAGAUCGAUAUUGACUACCAAAAACUUCACGAUGCCUUCUUCAAGUGGCAGACCAAGCCGCGCAUGACCAUUCACGGUGAUCUCUACUACGAGGGCAAGGAGUUCGAGACCCGCCUCAAGGAAAAGAAGCCUGGAGAUCUUUCCGAAGAGUUGCGGAUCGCCCUCGGCAUGCCUGUAGGUCCCAACUCGCACAAGAUUCCGCCACCGUGGCUGAUUGCCCAGCAGCGUUACGGGCCGCCGCCUUCAUAUCAUCUGAAAAUCCCUGGCUUGAAUGCACCCAUUCCGGAAGGCACAUCGUUCGGUUAUCAUGCUGGUGGCUGGGAACCGCCUGUGGAUGAGAAUGGAAAGCCGCUAUAUGGAGAUGUAUUCGGCACCAACAUAUUGGAUUUGGAUAAUGGCAUCGAUGAAGCUGACAUCGAGCGCAACCAAUGGGGCGAACUGGAAUCAGAGUCUGAAGAGUCUUCUGAAGAGGAGGAGGAGGACGGCGAGGACUUAGGCGAUCAGCAGGACGAGACCGGCUUGGUCACGCCAGUCGAAGGCCUUGUUACGCCCUCAGGACUCACCAGCGUACCUGCUGGUAUGGAAACACCCGAGAACAUUGAACUACGCAAAAAGAAAAUCGAAGCCGAAUGGAGGAGUAACAAUGAAACUCCAGUCCUGUACCAAGUUCUGCCUGAGAAGCGGACGGACCGCAUAGGAGCCUCCAUGAUGGGCUCUACGCAUGUGUAUGAUGUCAGCGGCGGUGGUGGAGCCAACACACCACCAGUUCGAUCCACCACAGAUCGUGAGGGUAUUGUGGAACUGGCGCUAGAUCCCAGCGAAUUGGAUAUGGAUAAUGAUGCUAUGGCCCAGCGAUAUGAGCAGCAGAUGCGGGAACAGCAGAAUCACCUGCAAAAGGAAGAUCUUUCCGACAUGUUGGCCGAACAUGUGGCACGACAAAAAUCUAAGCGAAAGCGCCAACAAACGGAUCCAGCCAAGACCACAAAGAAAUACAAGAGUUCAAGUUUUAGUUUUACGUCAACAAAGAAACUGAUUUUCCAAUAUUGUGCGUUUGGUGGACAAAUUUAAGUCGAAAUGUCAUUAAACAUAGUAAAAAAUCAUA